AUGUGUUUAGCUUCAUUUGUGACUAGCAUCACUGUCACCUCAAUUGAUGCAACUGCCUUCUAUGAAAAGGGCGAACCGGUCGGCCGAAUCAAUUACAAAUUUGCUUUUGACGUACCUCCUGGUAUCUCACACACUCCCCGAAUCCCAGUAGACCUGAUUCUUGGAGGCGUUGGCUAUGAUGAACUGCGCAGGGCGCUAGGGCAAUCGUUAAAAUUGGAUACAAUUGCCACUGUUGGGGUCCGGAUAAGGAAUUAUGUUGACGUUGUUUUUUAUCAAGGAAAAGGGAUAGGGGCAAAAAUAAGGGUUUAA